GUGGUUCCCAGGCGACAUGCACAGGCUGGCCUUGGGCAGGGCAGUAAGGAUGGAGAGAGCGAGUGAGUGUUGGAAACACUUGGAAGUAAGAACAAGCCACCAACCAGGGCUGCAAGUGGGAAAGCAAAGAGUUUGUCAGUCUGGCUGUGGGGGUGCCAGGCCCCUGGUGCCCAACUGCCCCCUGGGGGAAACAGGAAGGGUCAGAGUCAGACUGAGGAGACAGCCUGCAGGUCAGAUGUUCACACCCACCUGGCCCAGGUGCAGGUGCCAGUCAUGCCCUCAGAUGGUCCGAGGCCCCUCAGGCCUGGGUAGGCACCUUGGCCAGCGGGAGCCCUAAGGCAGAAAUAGGGGAUGCCCCCACCCCCUCGCCUAACGCCACUACUGAAGAAGGGGCUCCCCUCCCCCAGCCACACAGCUGCCUCUCUGGACAGAGGGAGGGGAAGUGGCCAGAAGGGGAAGUGUGAGUUCCCGUCGGCCUGUUGCCAGUCUACUCAGGCCCUCGGGGUGGCGGCCCAGGGACCCGCUGCAGCCAUGGAGCCACCAGAGACCCCCGUCAAGGAUGGCAUCCUCUACCAGCAGCACGUCAAGUUCGGCAAGAAGUCCUGGCGGAAGGUGUGGGGUCUUCUGUAUGCAGGGGGCCCAUCAGGCGUGGCACGGCUGGAGAGCUGGGAGGUCCGCGAUGGUGGCCUGGGGCCAGCGGGUGACCGGCCUGCAGGUCCUAACCGACGAGGAGAGCCUCGGGUCAUCCGCCUGGCUGAUUGCGUGUCCGUGCUGCCGGUCGACUGUGAGAGCUGCCCCCGAGACACUGGGGCCUUCCUGCUCACCACCACCGAACGAAGCCACCUGCUGGCCGCACAGCACCGCCAGGCAUGGAUGGGUCCCAUCUGCCAGCUGGCCUUCCCGGGCACAGGGGAUUGUGCCACCGGAGCAGGGGAGGCAGAGGCUCCCAAGUGGGGCCUGGUCCCCAUGGAAGAGAAUUCCAUCUACUCCUCCUUGCUGGAAGUGGACAAGUUUCCAGUGGUGGUGCAGAGGACAGAGGCAGCUACCCGCUGUCACCUGAAGGGGUCCUAUGUCCUGCUGCUGAGCCAAGAUGCCAUCCAGCUGAGUGAACCCGCCAGCCCGCAGGCCCUCUACACCUGGCCCUACCACUUCCUGCGCAAGUUUGGUUCUGACAAGGAUGUGUUCUCCUUCGAAGCUGGUCGCCGCUGUGACUCAGGCGAGGGCCUCUUUGCCUUCAGCAGCCCCCGAGCUCGAGACCUGUGUGGGAUUGUGGCUGCCGCCAUCGCUCAACGGAGGGGGCAGCUGCCUGAGCUGGUGGGGCCCCGGCCCUGCCCUCUGCCUCGGGCCACCUCCCUACCCUCGCUGGACCCCCCUGGGGAGCUGCGGGAGUUGCCCCCGGGGCCUGAGCCUUCCAGCUCCCGUCGGGCACGCCUGGCUGAACCUGGGCCACAGAGCCUGCCCCCGCUGCCUGUGGAGGCUGGGCUGUAUGCUGCCGUGUGCAAGCGGGCCAGUGGACCCCUUGUCCCCGCAGAGCACCUCUACGAGAAUCUGUGUGCGCUGGAAGCCGGCCCUGUACCGCCCGACCUGGGGGACUCUGCAAAGGAGGGCCCCAGCGCCUGCAGUCCCCCGGAUAGUCCCAUCUACCACAACAGCGAGGACCUGGGCUGGCCCAGCCCAGCCCAUGACAGCAGCCUGGAGGCGCAGUACAGGCGGCUGCUGGAGCCGGAUCUUAGUGACAAUGGUGAUGAGGCCGGGGUUUCCGGCCGCCAUGGUACUCAAGCAGGCUUCAAGGCCAAGCUGGUGACACUGCUGAGCCGAGAGCGGAGGAAGGGCCCAGCCCCCUGUGACCGGCCCUGAGCACCCACAGCUGUGGCCUGGCAUGGGACAAGGGAGCCAGCAAACAAUGGACAUCUGGGGACACGGCCCUGCGUCCACUCUGGCCUCAGGGACAAGACAGGUGUUGUGAGGAGGCCUCCCAGAGCCCUGCCAGCCCCCAGUGUACAGUGUACAGGUCUCCUGAGAAUAAAGCCUCUGGCUCCCCACCUGGUCCGCGCACAGA